ACACGUGAGGCAGAGGGUGAGCUUAAUAUUGCACAGACCCAGCACAGGACUCCACACUUCCCUACUACAGGGGUCCAGUGGCUGACCACCCUCUACCAGUCCUCAGGGAGCGUUUCACCGGAAGAUAGUCACCAUGCCUAAAGUCGUAGUGCCAGGUCAAAAGACCGAUGAUAAGAUGCGGGCCUUCGCGGAGCAAGUCUUUGCGUCUGAGACCAAAGACGAGAACACCCGCGAUGAGAUCUCCAUGUUCGAUGUGGCUGAGGAUUGUCCCAUCAUGCACCAGGAGAUGGCCCACCAUCUGCACACUGAGGAUAACACUGAGAAGCGUAAGAGGCAUCAGCGCAGCCGCACUAUGGCCGUGCCGGCAGCCGCUGCCCAGACAGCUGCUGCCCCUGUGGUCCAGGUGGAGGUGGACACGCCCACGUACCUGGAGGUGCCUGACUUCCAGAGAGUGGCCGUCAUUGGAGACUACGCUGCUGGGGUGACCAUGGAUGACUUCGAGCUGUCCUGUAAAGGUCUGUACCGUGCCUUGACCAUCAGGGAGAAGUACAUGAGGCUGGCUUACCAGCGUUUCCCUCGGACCGCCUCCCAGUACAUGCGUGAGGUUGAGGGAGAGACCUUCAAACCUGAAGAUCAGGUGCAGCCAGUCUUCACACCUCCUGCACAGAAUGGUGAAGACCCUUUUGAUACCCAGGACUUGCCAAAGAAUCUGGGAUAUGUUGCGCGUAUGAAGGAUGGUGUCAUCUAUGUGUACAGUGACGCUGCUGCUGCUGACAAACACCAGCCAAAAGACCUGCCGUGCCCCGACUACAACACCUUCAUUGAUGACAUGAACUUCCUCAUUGCUCUCAUUGCACAGGGCCCAACUAAGACUUACACCCACCGCCGCCUCAAAUUCCUCAUGUCCAAGUUCAACGUGCAUGAGAUGCUGAAUGAGAUGGAGGAGUUGAAGGAGCUGAAGAUGAACCCUCACAGGGACUUCUACAACUGCAGGAAGGUGGACACCCACAUCCACGCUGCUGCCUGCAUGAACCAGAAGCAUCUCCUGCGUUUCAUCAAGAAGUCUUACAGGGUGGAUGCAGACCGCGUUGUGCACAACCUCAAGGGACGCGAGGUCACCAUGAAGGAGCUUUUCGAGUCCCUCAACCUGCACCCAUAUGACCUGACCGUGGACUCCUUGGAUGUGCAUGCUGGCAGACAAACCUUCCAGCGCUUUGAUAAGUUCAAUGCCAAGUACAAUCCUGUGGGAGCCAGCGAGUUGCGUGACCUGUACCUGAAGACUGAGAACCACAUCCAUGGAGAGUACUUUGCCACCAUCAUCAAGGAAGUAGCCACUGACCUGGAGGAGGCCAAGUACCAGUAUGCAGAGCCUCGUCUGUCCAUCUAUGGCUGCAACCCCAAUGAGUGGACCAAGCUCUCCAGCUGGUUCAACAAGCACAGAGUGUACUCCCCAAACCUCAAAUGGAUGAUCCAAGUUCCCAGGAUCUAUGACAUCUUCAGAGGCAGGAACUUUGUACCUCACUUCGGCAAGAUGCUGGAGAACAUUUUCCUCCCUGUGUUCCAGGCCACCAUCGACCCCCAGUCCAACCCAGAACUCAGCAUCUUCCUUAAGCAUGUGACAGGUUUCGACAGUGUGGACGAUGAGUCCAAACACAGCGGUCACAUGUUCUCCACCAAGAGCCCCAAGCCAGAGGAGUGGGAUAUUGUUAAGAACCCCUCCUACACCUACUACAUCUACUACAUGUACGCCAACAUCGCUGUGCUCAACCAGCUCCGCAGACAGAGGGGAAUGAACACAUUCCUGUUCAGGCCUCACUGUGGUGAGGCUGGAGCCAUCACCCAUCUGCUGGCUUCCUUCAUGACUGCUGACAACAUCUCUCAUGGCCUCAAUCUCAAGAAGAGUCCUGUUCUGCAGUACUUGUACUUCCUGACCCAGAUCCCUAUUGCCAUGUCUCCUCUGAGCAACAACAGCCUGUUUUUGGAAUACGCCAAGAACCCCCUCCUUGAGUUCCACAAGAAAGGCCUGGUGGUGUCUCUGUCAACCGACGACCCCAUGCAGUUCCACUACACCAAGGAACCACUGAUGGAAGAGUAUGCCAUCGCAGCUCAGGUCUUCAAGCUCAGCACCUGUGACAUGUGUGAGAUCUCCAGGAACAGUGUUCUGCAGAGUGGCCUGUCUCAUGAGGAGAAGACCCACUUCUUGGGUCGGGACUACCUGAAAGAGGGUCCAGAGGGCAAUGACAUCCGUAAGACUAAUGUGGCUCAGAUCCGUAUGGCAUACCGCUUUGAGACCCUGUGCUACGAACUGGACCUUAUCAAGGAGGGUCUAAAGUCUGACUAAGUGCUCACAAAUCCAUCAGAGACUGUGGUGCACCCAGUCCAACCUUAUCUGUGCUGUGACAAAUGAAAAGCAGUUUUUAGUUUCCUGAAGAAAAGUGACCUUCUAACUCAGUGAUGUUCUCUCCUUUGGUGGAAGAAACUUUUGUCUUCACUGUAAAUUAUGUGCACAUCUUGUCUAUUUUUCCCAUUCAUAAUUUAUUACUAUAUUCCAUAUGGAGAAGCAUCAUGUUUUAGAAUGAAAAUAAAUACAAUAUGAAACAAG